UCCCUUCUCGUUCUUGUUUUUUUCUUUCGAUUCGCGCGGCAAGUUUUGAUAUCUUCGUGCAAGGAUAUCGCUUCAUUAUCUGUCGCUUGCGGGUCUGGUGAUUUGCCUCUAAAAAUCGCACUUUUUCUCGCCUUCCACCGGAACCAGAGUACUUCGGAAACGAGCUCGAGAGACGGCAAGGCUGGGACGAAGGAGAAAGAGGUGUUCUGGUGUUUGGGGGGGCGUCUUACACACUGGGCACAGUGGGUCAGGAAAUUUCCUCAGCCCUUCCCACGAUUCUUUGUCUCGUCCAUAAAUACUCCAGAAUUGCAUGCAUUGGACACUACUCUCUUACAUCUCUCUUCUCAUUAUUCAACUCGAUCACUACACUCUAGCUCCCGAAGAUGGCAGAGAGAAAAUAUUCGGAUGGACCAGCGGUGUCCACCCGUAGAGGCGAUGUCGAGUCGUCGCUGGGGGCUGAAUACGAGGUGUUCUUGAGUUUUAGAGGGCCGGACACUCGCCGGAAUUUUGCCGACUGCCUCUAUCACGCCAUGGAUGGAGCUGGCAUUCGCGUUUUCAGAGACGACGAAGAGAUCAGAAAAGGCGAAGAGAUCAGAGGCGAACUGAAGCGUGCGAUCGAGAGCUCCUCAAUCUGUGUUCCUAUCUUCUCUAGAAACUACGCGGCAAGUGCGUGGUGUCUUCGCGAGCUUGCAUACAUGGUUUAUCACAAAGCGAUGAUUCUGCCGGUCUUCUUUGACGUGGAACCCAGAGAUGUCAAGCUUAAAACUAAGCUGUACCAGGAUGCACUGCAGAAGCACGAGGAGAAGUACGGCUGCGAGGUCGUGCAGCGAUGGAAGGAGGCUCUGGAGAAGGUCGCUGGUAUGAGUGGAUGGGAUCUCAGAGAUACCGGUCACGGCGAACUCAUUAAAAUAAUCGUUGCUGAAGUUUCGAUCAAGCUGAAUAAAAGAGACAAAAACCUGCCGGAUCAUUUAGUCGGAAUUGAGGAUCGUGUUAAAGAUGUCAUGCGCCUAAUAGAUGAAGGUUCACCUGAUGUACGUUAUCUGGUAAUCCACGGAAUGGGGGGCAUCGGUAAGACGACUCUUGCCAAAGUUGUCUUUAACCAAAUUUCCAGUCGAUUUCAUGGGUGCAGCUUUCUUUUGAAUGUUCGAGAAGCUUCAAAGGGCGGCAAUGUCAUUCAAUUGCAAAAACAAUUAUUGUCUGAAAUUCUCAAUAUCAAACAAGUGGAGAUUUCCGACUGUGAUGCAGGGAUUUAUCAAAUUGAAAGGAGAUUCCGCAAUAAGAAAGUCCUCAUCGUUCUUGAUGAUCUAGAUAAGCGUGAACAAUUCUCAAGACUUGUAGAAAAGCGUGAUUGGUUUGGUCUAGGGAGCAGAAUUAUUAUUACGACGAGGGACACCAACUUUUUGCCGAAUGAUGAGGAGAACCGAGAAAAUAAUGUCUGGACGCAUUUCAAAGAGUUUACAAUCUAUCAAAUGAGAGAAUUGUCCUAUUGGCAUUCUCUUUGGCUUUUUAGUAACCAUGCUUUCAGAAUGGAUUCUCCUCCACAUGAUUAUGAACAUAUUUCUCGUGAUAUUAUUCAGAAAACCGGUGGACUUCCUUUGGCUCUCGAGGUGAUUGGAUCCUCUCUUUGUGGCAAAAGUAAGCCAAUUUGGAAUGUCACGUUGAAGAAAUUAGAUUUAGUUCCCAAUCAAGAUGUAUGCCACAAAUUAAGGAUUAGCUUUGAUAUGCUAGAGGAUGCACAGAAAGAAAUUUUUCUUGAUAUUGCGUGUUACUUUAUCGGUGAAGAAAAAAUCCAUCCACAUUAUAUGUGGAAAGCAUUGGAUUUUUUCCCCAAAAUUGAGAUCCCCGUCCUUUCUCGUAUGUCUUUGAUUAGAGGUAAUGUCAUAUUGUCGAUGCAUGACCUGCUUAGAGACCUUGGAAGAGACAUUGUUCGACAAGAAGACAAAUUUCUUGAGAAGCGCAGUAGACUAUGGUCUCCCAAGGAUGCGUUGAACAUAGUGCAGCAUAGAAAGGGAACAGAUAACAUCACAGCACUCAAACUAACUGGACUUCCACAGGAGCACAACUUUACAAGUGAAGAGUUUUCACGGCUGCCUAACUUAAGGUUGUUGGAAUUAGAGGGAGGGAACUUGACAGGAGACUUUAAAUAUCUUCUCUCGAGUUUAAAAUGGCUCUCUUGGCAUCAUUGCCCUUCAGACUUGCAAGCGGUCAAUCUAUGCUUAGGGAAAUUAGUCGUGCUCAAGCUUUCAAACAGCGAAAUUCCCGAGAACUGGAAUGGAUGGGGCCCAUGCUUGGCAAAUCAUGACUUGAAAGUUCUACAUCUCAUGAGAUGCCAUCUAUCGACAACUCCCGACUUCUCAACGUGCUUGAAUUUGAGGAUAUUGGUUUUUGCUGAACAUUGUCCAGAGUCGACACAAAUCGGUAGCUCUAUCGGUAAGCUAGAGCGCCUAAAGCGCUUGGAAAUAAUUGGAGCUAGAGUUCAGCCAUCAAUGUUGUCUGGAAGCCCCCAUUUUGACCUGUGCACAAUACCUUCUACAAUAUGCCGUCUAAAGAACCUGUCAAGUCUAAAGCUAGAGGGGCAGUGUAUGCGAGAGCUUCAUCCAUCUAUUGGAGGGAUGGCGGGCUUGAUGUUCAUGUCUUUAAAUCAUUGUUAUCGGCUUAGAAAGCUUCCAGACUCCAUUGGGAAAUUGAGAUCAUUGCUCGAAUUGAAUUUGUUCAACACAAGAAUCGGAAAGUUACCUAAUUCUAUUGGAGAUCUCAAAAGGUUGGAGACAAUGAACCUGGGACUCACUCGGAUGAGGGAGCUACCAAAUUCCAUAGGAGGACUAGAAUCAUUGCUCAACUUAGACUUGCAGUGUGCUGAUGUUAUAGCACUGCCUGCUUCCAUUGGAUAUCUUAAAAGACUGCGGCACUUAAGUAUGCGUCACACUAAGAUAAGAGAGUUACCUGAUUCUAUUGGAGAUCUCAAAAGGUUGGAGAUAAUGGACCUGCGCUUCACUCAGAUAAGGGAGCUACCAAACUCCAUUGGAGGACUAGAAUCAUUGCUCUACUUAGACUUGUGGUGUGCAAAUAUUACAGAACUGCCUGCUUCUAUUGGAUAUCUUAAAAGGCUGGAGGGCUUAGAUACGCGUGAUACAAAGAUAAGAGAGCUACCUCAGGCCAUAUGGACUUUGGAGAAUCUUAACCGGUUGGUAUACCAUGGUUAUGAUUCUAGAAAUAUAGAUAUCACAUUGCCUCCUAAGCUUUCGCGAGUACACAUAUAUUGUGAUGAUCUUCAAUCUCUCCCAAGGCUUCCUUUAGGUCUUCGUUCUUUGGAAUUAAAUGGUGUCAAGUCUCCGAUAGAACAUCCCCUCCUCUCCGAUUUGAGAUGUUUGUCUGAGUUAAAACUCUCCAAUUUGGGAUUGAGAGAGAUCGAGUUGAAACAGUUAGAGAACCUCCAUUAUUUAGAGGUGGUUGGAUGUAAUUUGCUAGUGAGGCUAUCAGGUCUAUCAAGCUUAAGGAAGCUCAAAAAGCUGAGUAUUUUUCACUGCUCACAGCUAAUCGAGAUUCGAGAUUUGCGAGAAAUAGAAUCGCUGGUGGAAUUCGACAUUAGAUAUUGCAGCUCCAUAGAAAGGUUACCUGAUCUAUCAAAACUACAUAAAUUGAAGCGCAUGUACGUACAUGAAUGUGAAUCGCUGCAAGGUUUGCCUAAUUUGCCAACCUUGAUGAUGUAUUUAGAAAUUGAGAAUUUGAGCUCUAUAGAAAGGUUACCUGAUUUAUCAAAACUGCAUGAGUUAUAUUACUUGACCAUACGUCAAGUUGAAUCACUGCAAGGUUUGCCUGAUUUACCAAACUCACUGCAGCAAUUAUUAAUUGAGAAAUGGAGCUCCAUAGAAAGGUUACCCGAAUUAUCAAAACUACAUGAGUUACGGGUAUUGAAUAUCAAUCACUGUAAAGCGCUGCAAGGUGUGCCUGCUGUUCCAAACACAUGCCUUUGAGAUGUUCAUGCAUGCCCACUGUUAGGCGAGUAUGGUGACUUUGACGAACGUUGCAGAUGGUGCCGGGAAUCCAACUUGGGCCUAUCUUCAAGGAGGCCAGGUAUGUAUAUGUGACACGUGGCACUCUUUCCCAUUUCGUUCCUACUUUGCCUUAUUUUCUUCAUUUUUUUUUCUUUUCCCUUCCCAUGUCUCCUUCUGAACAGUCAGCCAACUCUUUUCUGUAAGUUCUUCCUGUUCACUCCAAAAGAUGCAAAUCACCCAAUUUUCACCCCAUUUCUUUA